CUAAUUGUUUGUCGAAUGCAAUUUCUUAUUAACUCAAUUUUAUGUUCCAGAUACUUGAGUGAUAAUAAUAUAAGAGAAAUCAAAGCAGACACCUUCCGAAGUCUGUCCAGUUUAACAAAUCUAUAUUUGCACAAUAAUGGUAUCGAAAAAAUUGACGAAACAGCCUUCCAUGACCUGACCAAAUUGCAAACACUAUACUUGGGUUCUAAUAACAUCGUUGAACUCAAAGAAGACAUCUUCCGGAAUCUCUACAGUUUAAUAUAUCUGUAAGUUGAGUAAGACAUUUUAUAGGAUUUCAUUAAAGAUAUAUUUCUAAAUCUGUAAUAUCUUGACAUCCUUCAUUUUAGAUUCCCUCACCACUCUUUUCAAUGAUGUUUUUAUCUGUGAAAUAUUAUUGUUUGUGGAUCUGUGUGCAUCGGAGUGUGUCCAUUUAUUAGACAUGCGAUGUAUGGGUGCGUGAUAGUUCAGGGAAAUCAUUUAGUGCAUGCUUUUCGAAAAUUUGUCUCUGUCAAAAUUGAAUGUUUUAUAUGUUGAUGUCUAUGAAUAUGAGUGAUGAUUUGUUCCUUGGAUUUGAAAUAUAUGAAGAUGUG